AUGGAUGAAGAUGAAAAUGCAAUUAUUUUCGAGAAUGAACGAUUUUCUCAAAGACUUCUAUCAGAAAUCAAAAGUUACACAGUUUUCUAUGAAAAAUUUCUCAAUCUGGGACAGUUUUAUUCUUGGUAUACUCAUUUUACUUCUGCAAAAAAAGAUAUACGUGGCUUUUUUGCCUACAGACGAUUUAUGUAUCCAAAUCGUAUUCGAUUGUUUUAUCAUGUUCCAAUGUUAGAUGGUUCAAUUCUAUUAUCAUCGAAAUUAUUUCGUUUAUAUUAUUAUCGAUCAAAUAAGAAAAGCAUUUUAGUACCGAUUGGUGUACUUAUUUAUUCUUAUCUAAUUGAUAAUUGUAGUUGUUUAUCUGUUGAUGAUAUGGUUUUUAGAGAAUGUACAAGUUCAAUAAUUCAACUAAAACCAAUGAAGAUUGACGAUGAUGGUGGAAUUCCUCUUAUAAAAUCUCAUGACUUAUCAAUUGCUCAUCCUUUAACACUUUUCUUUUUCAAUAAAACACCUUUAUGGGAUAAUUUACUUCCAGGUCGUUACGAUUUAACAUGUCAAAUGCAGUUACGACGUCAGUUGUUCGAUCAAUCUUCUAUUAAUUCUAAUUUACUUAAUGCAGCUCCUAUUGAUAUUAGUUUAUUAGGUGAUAGAGCAGAUCGCGGUGGUCAAUCGAAAUUACUUCGAUAUAAUUUCUUGAUAGAAAAACAUCAGAUGUACGGUGAUGAUCAAUGGUUUAAUAUUACUCUUAUCGAAAAUUUUCUUCUCAAUGAUAUUUCCAAUAUUUACUUUGGUAUUCGUGUUCAAAAUGGUUAUUUAACUUUCUUCAAUAUUUGGAUAAAAAGUAUUCAAUUGAAUUUAAUUUCAAUUAAUUAA